AGGAAGCUCCCGACGGGUCUCUGAUCCAAACCCCACUUGUCAAUUUCGCUGGAAACUUUACUUUGUCGUGUGGUGGAGUUCUUUCACCAUGCUGGCGGUAUUUCCUCUGCUACAUACCUAUGGUACCCAUUCAAACAUGGAACGAGGAAGGAAUUGACAGCCCUGUCUGUCCACCUGGGUGGUACUCCUCAAGGCUCGAAUCCCAGCACGGGUAACUUCCAUGUCCAUGUUUCUGACUCUGUGUAUGAAAAUCGCUUGACUUUUGUUUUAUCUAAUUUACGAGACGCUGACCCAGGCGCGGCAUAAAUAUGUUGGCCGUCCCCCUCACGCCGAACAUUCUUUGUUGAAUCUCUGACCACCUCACCGUCUUACCUCAGUCUUUCCUUUAAACUCAUAGGUCAAGGUCCUAUUUUUCUUCUGUUCAAUCUUUCACCGAUUUUAAUCUUCUAUAAAAAAAAUAUGAAGUUUUCACUAUCUGCUUUGGCUUUGGCCAAUGCCGUCUCGGCAACCCGGUGGAUGGUCUACUACGACCAAUACCACACGACGGCUCCUCCUAACAAGACCAUCACCGCGGGAAUUACACAUGUCAUCACUGCAUUUGCCCAAUCAGACUUGUUCCUCAACUCUACGGGCCAAUACCAGCCCUUCAAGUCGCUCACUGAUGUCCGCGCCUUGUUCGACAAUGGAACAAAGGUCUGCAUGGCUAUCGGUGGAUGGGGAGACAACACCGGAUUCAGCAAGGCCGCCCUUACCGACGACAGCCGCAAGGAGUUCGCCAAGAACGUGGCUGCUACCGUCAACAGGCUGGGCUACGACUGUGUUGACAUGGAUUGGGAGUUCCCCGGCGGCAAUGGCGCCGACUACAAGCAAAACCCCAACUCUGGCCGUGUGAGCGAAAUUCAGACGUUCCCUCUGCUCCUUCAGGAGAUCAAGGCUGCCAUUGGCACCAAGGAGCUUUCGAUCGCCGUACCGGGUAAGGAGGUCGACAUGAUCGCCUACACUGCCGAGCAAGUUCCCAAGAUCAACGCCGCCGUCGACUUCAUCAACGUCAUGGCCUAUGACCUGAUGAACCGCCGUGACAACGUCACCCUGCCCCACACCGACGUCAAGGGCUCUGCCGCCGUCAUCGACAAAUAUAUCUCUCUUGGCUGCGACCCCAAGAAGCUCAACCUGGGCUUCGCCUUCUACGCCAAGUGGUUCACGACCGCCAAGGGUGUCACCUGCACCACCUCUAGCGGAUGCGCGACGGCCGUCCUCGAGGAUGCCGACGGUAACGACACUGGCCUCUCGGGCGCCUUCACCUUUGAGGCCGCCAACUAUGCCACCACCCCCACCAACCUGACCACCUCCCCAGACUCGUCCUGCGGCUCCAGCACCUUCUACAAGUGCUCCGAGGGCAACUGCUGCAGCCAGUACGGUUUCUGCGGCGAUACUUCGGCACACUGCGGAACCGGCUGCCAGUUUGGCUACGGCAACUGCACCGGCUUUUCCACCAAGGACUCGUUCCAGAAGGCCCUCGCCAACGGCAAGACCGACGAAGCGCUCGGAGCUCAGUGGUACUGGGACUCGGAAGCCACCCUCUACUGGACCUGGGACACCACCACCCUCAUGAAGAAGAAGAUCAACGACAUCAUCCUCGCAAAGGGUCUCGGUGGCGGCUACGCCUGGUCUCUGGGUGAGGACACCUUCGACUGGACCCACAUGGCUACCCUUAGGGAUGGCCUGAAGAAGAAGUGCAAGGCUUGAAGAAGAAUCAAGAAUAUCAAAGCCGUUGGGGGCAAUCAAUGGAAGGAAGUGGGGGAAAUAUCAAGGUUUAACUGCGUUUGAACCGUUUGUUCUUGUUUGUGUUAUUUAUCAAGAUUCUAUACCUUCGCCAACUGGCGUCAAUAACUUUUCCUAUAGUCGAAUUGAAGACUCUUCCUUAAAG